AGCCUGGCCCAAAGAAGCGCUCAGAAGCAGCGCUGCCGACGGUCCACGCGCACAGCGCAAAGUCGCGCUUUUAAAUCCACAUCGUAUCGCAAACUAGCCACGAGGGAAACACUGCGCAACCAUGGGCGUGGAGACGACGAAGGGCAGGAGGAGCCGAGGUGUUCGCUCCCGCAUUCUCCUGACUGCAAUCUCGUGGCUUUUCUUGCACACGGUACAUCUCUUCACCAUCCUUCACGGGCGGAUUUCACCGAGUCGCCCGGGCUGGAAGGAUUCUCGCGGGCCACAGGUGACACGCUGGCACCCUGGGCGUGGUGGAGUUGCUUCGCGCGCCAGCCCGCAGCAGGACAGUGGUGCGGAGGACUGGCUCGCCAAGAGCCGCGAGGAGGUGGAGGGCUUCAGCAAAGCCCAAGUGUCCAGCUGGGCAGAGGCUGUGCUGAUUGACGGCGGGCUGGAAGCAGACGAUGAGUUCAUCCAGCGGACGGUGACCGCACUGCGGCAGCAAGGCGUCACCGGCAAGUCCCUGCUGGAGCUGACACUGGAGAAGCUGAUGGCAGCUCCGUACAACAUCCCUGGCGGACCUGCAGAGCUGCUGACAAAGAAGAUCCAGUUGCUGAAGGAGCCCCAGGCGUCCGCCUCGAGUAGCCUCAAGUGGGUCGUGGACGCCAAGGACACGGCAUUUGCCAACGAGCUGCGCAUGGCUCAGCCGCUGACGGCUCUGGACUGCGCUGAUGAGAAUUUCACCGACGUAGAGUCCGCAGAAGAUGCCGGUAUCGAGAUCUUCCCGUUGAACGCCAGCUUGGAUCCGAAAGAAGCCAAGCCAUGGCUCUUCGUUCGAAAGCAGCAACGAGAGGUCUGGCAGGCGGCCUUCAAUGCGUCGCAGGAUGUGGUGGUGACCGGCUCGCCCGGCAUCGGCAAAUCCUUCUCCAUGUCCUUCUUGUUCCGCGACCUCAUGAAAGCAAAGAAGACCUUUGUCUUCGAAGCACGCAGGUGGAACAUGGUGUACUUGUUCAAGCCGCGCACCGACGGCACCUACGAGGUCGGCAGCAUGCAACUGGAAGACUGGAAACCGGCAGCGUGUGACGAGCUGAGAGUCCCUGCGAACUACUAUGUCAUCGACCCCGGCGAGGCUGAAAAGGGAGGCGUCUGCUUCGUAGCGGCCAAGACUGUCAUUUGCCCGUCACCGGAUCCGCAGCACCUUGGAGAGUUCAAGAAGCUCCCCAAAUGCAAACUGUACAUGGCAGCUUGCUCCUUGCAGGAGGCCCAGUGCAUAGUCAAGUACCUCCGCCCCAACUUCGACCAGAACCAGGUGGAAGAGCUCUACAGGCGAUUUGGUGGUAUUCUUCGACACCUGAUUGGCGACCCUAAGGAGGUGGAGAUGGCUCGCAAUGCAACCCUGUCGAACCAGAACUUGGUCAGGCAAGUUUGGACAUCGGGCAUCAUUGAUCAGGGACGUGAUUUGAAGCCUGCGCACUGGCUCUUCCAGAUAGUGCCGGAAAACGGUUGCACCAGCAGCAGGGUUGAGUUUGUUAGCGAAGAGGCACUCGACCUCACCAUUCACGAGUAUGAGGCGGAGCUGGCUGACCUUUUGACAUCGUUUGAUCCGCUUGCAAAGCCCGUCCUCGGAGUUCUCUACGAACGCUUCGCCCACCAAGUGCUCUGCCGGGGGACGUUGCUGCUGACGCGGCUGGCCAACGUCACCGUUCCCAUGUUCGAGAUGCGGCUUCCACCACUCGAUGAAGAGGUGGUGGACGGCAGCAUCGCCGAUCUUUUCACAGCUGCCACCACUGGGCAGCUACGAUACAUGCGGCCCAGAGAUGUGGGCCUGCCGGUCAUUGAUUCAUGCCUGGCUCCUGUUGAGGACCCGAACAGCAUGUGUUCUGUCAAAGUGCCUGCGCUGGUGUGCAGUGCUUGCGUUUUGUGCCCCUGGUUUUUCCCAUACCCCUAAGGACGGCGUGAUGACAUGCUUCCAGAUCACCGUCAGCGCAAAACACUCCCUGGAUCUUGUCGCCUUGGAGAAUGCUGCACGGGGUCUUGACAUCGCCAAGAUUGUUAUUUACUGGGUCGUUCCCAGAGACAGCUUUCGAGAGUUCAACCGCAAGCAGACGUUCGGGCCUCAACUUGUAUUCGAGCAGCGCGUCCUUUCGCUCGCUGCUCCCCGCAAUCCCUUUACCGAGCAGGAGAUGCAAGAACGGUUGCAGAAGGCUGAGCUCUCUAAGCUUACCACAGGAGACGAGCAGCUCCUCAAGCAAGAGAUUGAUGACCUGAAGCUCCGGUACUUGGUUAUGAAAUCUUUCGAAGAACAAGAUGUCAAGGACAUAAUGAAUAAGGUGUUAAAAGAAGGGAAAAGAGCGAAAAACCAGGAUCCCGUGGCUCUGCGCGCAGCACGAGCUUGGGAUAAGAUUGUUGCCUGUAUGGCUUGGACGAAAAAGAGAGGCGAGUGCAAGCUUGCAGCGUAGGUGCCAGCCUAAUCUGCAGUGUCGAUCACGUUGCCAGGCCUGAUCAGCCCGGGCGUGCACUUUUGCUUGGCCGGAUUUUGCGUUACUCGACGAAAAGCGUGUGCCCCACAGUUGGCCGGUGGAUUUGCUUUCCACUGCUUUAGAACAGCGCGAAUCAUGAUUUCAUGUCGCAUAUCUUUAUCUUGACAUUCAGCGCACUCAGGCUCUCGACACAUGGAGUUUUUGCAUAGAGUUUGCUGCAAGCUGGACCAUCACACUGACACGACAAUGCAGCACUCAUCGUCAGAAUAUCGCUCUUUCGGUUCAAGUCUGCAGCACACAUCUGCGUGUUGGAGUUCCGGUUCGAGUCGGCGCGCAUCGGUGAAAUUUCGGCUAGUCUUUUGGAAUCUUUCUGGAAUCUUUCGACUCUAUGUGUUGAGUCUUUGUAGAGUAUCUGUGCAAAACGCAGUCUUUUUGAAGUCUUUGUAUUUCUCGAGUCUAGCACUCAUCAUUUGACGGCUGUGGCGCUUUCCGAGUCGAAUCUUAUGAGGACGACCCGCCCAAAGCCGUAGUGGAAGUCUAACCUUCAAAACUCCACCCCGC